AUGGCCACCGGUAACGAAGUGCUUUCAUGGACUUCGCAGGACCCCCGCCAAAGCCAGCUGUUUGGCAGCUACGGUGUCCUGUACCGCUUCCAGACGGAUACGAACAGCCAAGGGCAGAGUGUAACGACACUCUGGAGAGCGAUCCGCGCAAACAAGGAGGACCGCGUCGCGAAGCUGGAGUGGGCGCCAAAUGGCGGCCUCGGGCGCGCAAUAAUCGGAAAGAGCACGCUGCCCAUGGCAGACCUCGUCCGCCCGGAUCCCCGCGUUUACAACGGGAGGAUAUUCAACGGCCCAGACGGCUACCAGUAUCGAUGGUGCCCAGCGAACAACUCGUACAAUGACGUCGUGCUGCAAGAUCAGAACAACAACGUGAUCGCGUUUUUCCGACCCACACGACCUCAGCGAUACAACAUCGGCGAGGUCCACGGGGAGCUUCACUUUGUCCGCAACGCAGGCGCAGGCGUCGUGAUGCACCCUCCGCUCAUGGACACGGUAACGGUUACAGCGAUGUUGUACCGGUUCGUGAUGGCAUUCGGACUGUGA